GCCAGAGAAAGAGGGAGAGAGGGGGAAAGAAUGGAGGGUGUGGCGCAGGCCCUUGUGGGCAACCUUGGGCAGCUAGUGGGGUCGGAGUUCCAGAAGCUCCGCGGCGUCGGCAGCGAGGUCGCCCAGCUGAGGGACGAGCUGGCCACCAUGAACGCCAUCCUCCGCAUGCAGUCCGAGGCGGACGACAGCGCCGUGGACCAUUUCGUCCGGGAGUGGAUGAAGCAGGUCCGCGAGCUGGCCUACGAUGCCGAGGACUGCGUCGACCUCUACGUCUUCCGCAUCCGCUGCCUCCUCAGCGACGCCUUCCUCGCCCGCGUAAGGCGCGUGCUCACCACGCUCUCCCUCCGCCGCCGCCUCGGCAGCGACGUCCAGGCCCUCCGCGCCCGCGCCGUCAUCAUCAGCGAGCGCCACGCGCGGUACGGCGUCAGCCGCGAGGCGCUGCGCCGCUCCCCGCACCUGGCCCCCGUCUCCACGGGGUCGGCUGCCUCCGCGCGUGCGCUGCGCGCCGCCAACCACCCCGACCAGUUCGUCGGCAUGACGGACCAGGCUAGCACCCUGGCCAAGAGGGUGAAGGGCGCCGUGGACAGCAACGACGACCUCCAAGAAGGCGGCGAGCGGAAGCUCGGGGUGUUCUCCAUCGUCGGGUUCGCCGGGCUCGGGAAGACCACGCUGGCCAUGGAGGUGUGCCGGCGGCUGGACACACAGUUCCAACGCCAGGCGCAGGUGUCCGUGUCCCAGGCGUUCGACGGCAGGAACGACGUCGGGGGCCUCCUCAAGCGCGUGCUGCAGCAGAUCGUCAAGCCCAAGGCGGGAAAUGAGAAAGGCAUCAAGGAAGAAGACUCCGCGGGUGACAUCGACCACAUGGAUUUGGACACGCUCGCAAAAACGCUCAAGGAGCUUCUCAAGGACAAGAGGUACCUCAUUGUGAUUGAUGAUGUAUGGACAAUAGCAGCGUGGGAUGCUAUCCGACCCACGCUGCCAGACAACAACCUCGACAGCAGAAUCAUGGUGACCACUCGGAUAGAGGCCGUGGCCGUAGCAUGCAGUGAUGCUAGUGAAAUUUGUGGAGACAACAUCUAUCACAUCGAGCCCCUCAAUUCAGAAGACUCCAAGAAGUUGUUCCUCAGCAGAGCAUUUGGCUCCAAGGAUGCCAGUUGCCCCACAGAGCUGGAAGAUGAAAUGAACAAAAUUCUCAAGAAAUGUGGUGGGCUGCCAUUGGCCAUUGUCAGCAUCGGCAGCCUUUUGGCCAGCUAUAAAUCAGCGGAGCACAAGGAUAUGUGGGACAGAGUUUGCAAAUCAAUUAGUUAUCAUAUGGAUACCAAUCCCACCCUUGACGGGAUGAGGCAGAUACUCACACUCAGCUACGACCACCUGCCCUAUCACCUCAAGGGUUGCAUGAUGUAUCUUAGUAUUUUCCCGGAGGAUUUUCUCAUCAACAAGGAUCGGCUAGUAUACAGAUGGAUCGCCGAAGGAUUGGUUGAGGAGAAGCGGGGGAUGACCCUGUUGGAGGUUGCAGAAGCCUAUUAUGAAGAGCUGGUGAGCAGGGGCAUGAUUAAUCCCGCUGGCGAAAUAAUCAGCCAUGUCUAUGGAGCUGUGGAGACAUGCCGGGUGCAUGACUUGAUGCUGGAGGUCAUGGUGUCCAAAUCCUUGGAGGCCAACUUUGUCAGCCUGAUAGGUGGGCAGUAUGAUGGGAUGUCCUAUGACACAAUACGCCGCCUCUCCGUCCAUGCUGGUGGGCAGAGGCCCAAGGAAUCUCCAUCCAACAAGGACUCUCCAUCCAAGAAAACCAAGGAAUCUACAUCCAAGAAAAUGGUUAAGAAGAAUGACUUAAAAGACAUUAAUGUGCAGCAUGUCCGAUCACUGAGUAUGUUUCAGCUCGAAGGGAACAAGCUGCUUGAUCGUCUGGGUGAGUUCACUCUGCUGAGAGUACUAGACCUGGAAGACUGCAAGGGUGUAGAAAACAAGCAUAUGAGCCACAUCUGUCGGAUGUACCUUCUAAGGUAUUUGUCCCUGAGAGGUACAGAUAUCAGUGUGCUGCCUACAAAAGUCUGUGAUCUGGAGCAUUUGCAGACACUUGAUGUACGUGCCACCGGCCUUGCUAGACUUCCAGAAACUCUGAUAAAACUAGAGAAACUUGAGCGCUUGUUCUUCUCCCAGAAGGAUGUUUGGUCUACCAUGUGGAAGCCACCUCAGGGUCUUUGGAAAAUGAAGGCGCUGCGGGAGGUGGGCUGGGUGUUGCUAGAAGAUGAUGCUGUUGAGGUUGCCCAAGAGGUAGGUGAACUAGAAAAUUUGCAAAGGUUAAGUAUCUACGUCGAUUGUGAGCGGCCCAAUGGUCCCAAGGUUCUUGAAGAACUUGCCCUGUCCCUGAGCAAGACGCACUCUCUCCGGUCGCUCGACAUGGGCACCAUGAGUUAUGAGGCCAAUGCGUUGAACUUUCUCCUUGAGCUCCCCUCGCCGCCACGCCUCCUCCGAUUCCUCAGGAUCGCUGGUGGCAUUGACAAAUUGCCCAAUUGGGUCGAAUCGCUCACAUAUCUUGUUGAGUUUCACAUGUCAUGGGCACACUUUAUCGAUGACCAACUGUUUGGGGUUCUGUGUAAGCUGCCCAACCUGAAGAGCAUCUGGAUGCAGCGGAACUGCUACACUGGCCGAGAGUUGGUUGCACGCACUGCGCACAACUUUCCGGCGCUCAGGAAUCUCAGAGGGACCUGUGAUCAGGAAAUGCCCAGAGUCUACAAAUUCGAGGAAGGAUCCAUGACAAAGCUCGAGAAACUUUCACUGAAUUUCGACAACUGGAGUGAGAAGAGCAUUGUCGGCAUUGAGCACUUGACGAGCCUUAAAGAGGUGCAGCUCGCAGGUAAGAGAGGGAACCCUGCGCUGGACCAGACUCUGGAGCUGCUAAAGGCGGAGAGUGGGAGGCACCCCAAUCAUUUCACAGUUGGAGUGAAGUACGACUGACCUCGUCGCUCUGCUUGCUAGCAUACAACGGAGAGCAGGGCAUUUCUCCCGGGUUGGUUUCCCAAUUUAAUGAUUCUCUCUCUGGGAGACCUGCCUAAUCUGAAUCGGCUAGUGAUACGGCAAAGGUGCCAUGGCAAGCCUGGAAGAGUUUUACAGCAACAUGACGGAGGUCCCAGCUGGCAUUGAGUUCCUCCCGUCCCUCCAGUAUCUAGGCUUCCACGAGAUCAGCUGUGACUACUUGACGGUGCUGCAACCAUGCUCUACAACUCGAGCGAAGUGGCGGUAUGCUCUCCGCCACAUCGCUCGUGAAGUGUGUAAGCUAUAGCUACUCAUCUACCAACUAGUACCAUUACUUGAUUGCUCCCCGUCGUCU